UGGCAGCGGAAGGAACACAAAGCCAGUCAACCUCCCAAAGGCCCUUUGACUCACGGCGCCGGGGGCCAACACCAACCAAAGCCUUGGUGCGACGAUCCUGAAUGGAGCAAGAGUCGGUAUCAAGAAUGACACGACAACCAUAAUCAGUGAGUUGGGCAGCAGAAAAAAGAUUCAUGGUAAGGCGAGGAACAUGGGAAACACUAGGAACAGAAAAGGAUGGAGUGGAAAGAAGACCACGACUAGCAACAGGAAGAGGUGUGCCAUCGGCGGUAAGAACAUUAACAGGUGAGUCAAGAGGUCAGAGAGAAGACAACACAGAAGAAUCAGAAGACAUAUGAAAGGAGGCUCCAGAAUCCAGAACCCACGAGGAUGUACCUGACUGAGUAGAGGUCUGCGGUGAUGUAGAAGGGGAUGCAGUCAUAGCAGCAGCUGAACCAGUCGAUGAGGAGCCAGAGGAGGCAAGUAGACGCUUGAGGCGUACGUCCUAGUCAGUGAGUGACUGAGUCAAGGAAGACGCAGGAGGGCCACUGGAAGGGGAGCGUCUCUGAUCUUGCUUCUUCUGGCGACAAUCAGACUCUGGGUGACCUGACCGGGAGCAGUAACCACAGAAAGUGUCACGGCGCUACUUACUCUUCUCAGCAUAAAGAGGACGGCUCACCCCCCCUGAAGGAGUGGGCAAGAGUGGUGGAGCAGUGAGGCGAGCAGAUGACACAGGAGCCCGGGUGGCCAACACUGAAGGAACCACAAGUAACCCAGCAGAGCAAAGACGGGUCUCCUCAGCACGAAGCUCAGCAAGUACCCCCCGAGAUAGGAACACGACCACGAGCAAGUAAGUGAGCCCGUCGGGGCUCAAACUCGAAGCGGAGACGAGAUAAGAACUCAUGAACCCUCUGAAACUCCAAGUCAGACCGCGUAGUCUGACAGCAACGGCAAGUGCCACAAACAACUGUCCUCAGUGAGUCAAGCUGACGCUAGAUGGCAGAGCACUGUGAAUAGAACUCAUCAACAGACGAGUCGCCCUGCUGAAGAGCAUGCUCCUGACGCACCACAGAGAGGUAUAGAGCAUCUCCAGAGGGCUGAUAGCGCUGACAAAGAUAGGACCACAUUGCUGCAACAGUGCCGAGGCCCAUAAACUCCGAAGCAAACUGAGGAAGGACACUCGCAGUGAGAACAGCAGCAGCCCGAGCAUCAUCAUUACACCACUGCGUGUAAGCAGACAGAUCAUCCCGGUAGACAGAAAGAGCAUCAGAGUAUGCGGAUACCUGCUGAUCAUACGCAUCAACUGCAGCAUCAUCAAGAGCCUUCGCUGCAUCCCGAUCAGCCUGAGAAGCGUCAGUAGCAAGCACCGGCGGAACCGGCGGAACAGGAGCCACCGGAGCAACAGGGCAGGGCGGACAGGGUACCUGGCCAGAGAGCACGCCCCACAGCAGAAGGCCGCGCAUAUGGAUACGCAUGAAGCCAACAAACUCAGCAUAGUUGGUGCCAUCAAAGAUCACGGAGCAGCGAGGAACAGCCACAUAUCCCGAAGAAGACAUUGCCGAGCUCUCCUCUUUUCCUGUUCUUUCUCCUUUUUUUUGAAGUCAACCGAUCGGAAACUGGAUCGGGAUCGAGCAGAGACUCGUGCGCUCGAGGCAGGAGCGGCAAAUCAGGAUCCAGAAAGGGCCCGGGCCCGCUCGCGGCUGGGGCGCUCGAGGGAGGGGCGGCUGGGGCGCUCGAGGGAGGAGGCCCGAACCAGAACAGCAAGCCUGAGGCGCUCUGCGUCAGCGGAAAAAGGGGAGCCCCGGGGGCGGCGGCGGCCGGUGGUCCGAGGGCCGGCCGGACAAGGGGCGACGGCGGCCGGGUGGAGAGGGGACGGAUCCGGGGCUCCAGCAGCUCGGCGGGGUCCAGCAAGGCGGAGACGGCCAGAUCCGGCCACGGGACACCGAUUUCCGGCGAGGCUUGUAGCGGGCAGGCCGGAGUAGAGCAGGUGCGGCCGGACGGGAAGAGGCGGCCGUGACCGGGGCGGAGCAGCGGGAUUGGGAUCCGCGACGGGGAGGGCCGGACGAAGCUGCUCGCCCGGACCGCCAGCCAGGCAGGAGGCGCCGGAUCGAGAGAGGGAUUAGCACGGAGUUGCAGCGUGCGGGAGAGAGGGGAACCUAACAUCUGAUACCAUGUUGGAUAAACAGCAACUGACUUUACUGAGGGCCAAAGGCCAUUGCAUAUACAUGUGUGGUAAAGUGCAGGAAACCCCUUAUACAAUGGGGAUAUACCGAAAAGAGACUAUACACAUCUAACACAUCUAACACUUUGCAGCUCACUUUUGUUAUGUUUACAGGUUUGUCUUUUCCAACGAACUUUGGAUGAUUUUGAUUUGCAUCUAGAUGUUUAGCCUGAUGUUUGAUUUCUCCUAAUACUACCUCACUCCAUACCAAUGGUUUGUUUCCUAGUUUAUAAACUUGCUGAAUACCAAUGGGUUUUUUUUCCAUCGGAAUAGUCACCUUAAAUUGAUACUUUGGAUGUUUACCUUAUCAGGAGCAAAAGAAAGACCUUGAAAAGAUGAUCUACCCUGCCCGAUUGGUGUCUCUUGCUUUCCCAUGAAAGAGCAGGCACAUAGGAGUAGGAGGAGUGAAGCUACCAUCAACUGAGGCAGAUUCCAUUGGGAAUACUUCAGAGGAACUACGCCGUAGUAGUUUGGUUAAGCUUGAUCUAAGUGAUGGGCAGACUUUAUAUUCGAAGUUGGUGGUAGGAGCUGAUGGUUCCAAAUCAAAUGUAAGGCAGGUUGCUGGCAUAAAAACAACUGGGUGGAGUUAUCCUCAGAGUGCGAUUAUAUGCACAGUAGAGCAUACAACAGCGAAUGACUGUGCAUGGCAGAGGUUUCUCCCUUCUGGUCCGAUUGCCCUACUUCCAAUAGGUGACAACUUCAGCAAUAUAGUGUGGACAAUGAGCCCAGAGGAGGCAUCGCGCCAUAAGUCAAUGAGCUCUGAAGAUUUUGUGAUGUCAGUGAACCGUGCAUUGGAUUUUGGUUAUGGACCGCAUCCCAGCUCUAGUAGUCUUGACCAUUACAUGGAAAAGUUAUUUUCUGGCAGUGGACAUACUGCAGCGUCUACAAAAGAAUGCUUUGAAGUACCACCAAGAGCAAUUGGGUUGAUCUCUGAGAGAAUGGCAUUUCCGUUGUCACUGAUGCAUUCCCAUGAUUAUGUUUCAAAAGGGCUAGCACUAGUUGGUGAUGCUGCUCAUACAGUUCACCCCUUGGCCGGUCAAGGUGUCAAUUUGGGUUUUGGAGAUGCUGCUGCCUUAGCAAAAGUUAUUUCUGAAGGAGUUUCUGUUGGUGCUGAUAUUGGGGAUCUAUCUUUGCUUAGUCGGUAUGAGAAUGACCGCAAGGCUGCUAAUGUUGCGAUGGCGGCAGUUCUAGAUGGUUUCCAGAAGAUGUACUCCGUUGAUUUCGGACCCCUCAAUGUGCUAAGAGCCGCUGCAUUCCAUGGGGCCCAGUAUAUAUCACCACUGAAAAGGAAUAUAAUCUCUUAUGCAAUGGGCGAUAAAAAAUCUCCUCUAUUCUCAUAGGCAGCAGCAGGUCUUAGAAACCUGCUGGCUUUGCGGUACUGUCGUCGAAUAGUAUGGUGUACUCUGGGCUUCUACCGAUGAGUAUUUUAAGCUAGUGAUGUUUCGCGGAGAAAUGUUAAGAGUGCAUAAAAUUUGACAAGAAAGUAGUAAUUCUACCAAAUAAAAUGAGAUCUCCUUCCGGGUGUUGUUAGAA